AUGGAGCGUUCUAUCUCAGUAUUACGGCAGCGGACGACAUCUUUCAACCCCGAAGCAGCCGCCUUUAAUCCAGUAUUCAGUUCUCCCGUUCCGCAAGACGCUGCACCGGUUCCAACUACGUCACCAACACCACCACAAGUUCCAGAUUCAGCGUUUCCGAUGGCACCAAUGUUCAACUACUCGCCGUUCCAUGCCGCGGGGAGUAUGCGGUCGCUUUACCGCAGGGAUCCACUGACGCCAGCGCCGGUCCGUCUGGAGGACUUUCUGUCUCCGGAUGUGCAGGCUCUGGUAAAGAAGCUUGAAGAGCACCCCGACGUUCAAGAAAUUCGAGCACCGCAUACGCCGGCACUAGAGACAACACAGGCUGUAGAGGUCAUUGCAAGUCCAAGGCCCAGUCUCCCUCCAUUUACGUUCCCAGAGCCACAACCCCAACCGGACUACGUCGCAGUAGACAUCAACGAACUGAGUGCCGGUCUUGGUCUUCCGGCGAUGAAGGUCGACCCCAACGACGAGGCGUCUCCAGCUGCAUCCCACAAGUCUCGAUUAUCGCAGGCGCAUCCUGGAGCGCUGUAUGGUAAGCUGAUCGGCUGGGCACUGGACAAGCCUCUGACCGCCAAAGGCCUUGCAGAUUUCCUACAAAACCAGGAUCUACACACUCCGUCCGAACCGCCGGCUUCUACAUCAGUUUCGCCUACUCGAACUGUUGUUCACGGAAACACGGAGACGACCCGCGCGGAGCCUGAAGUCAAGUCAACUCAGGAGGGAGACGUGCCCAAUUCACAUCGUGUUGCCAUACCCGCUCCAACCGAAACGAUCACUAUUCCCAGGGGCCCAUCUGCCUUCCAGCACCAGCGCCGUCGCAGCUCUGCCUCUUCUGCGUCUUAUCGACACCACAUGCGCAUUCCAUCUAACAGACGAUAUCCUCGGCGCACAUCACGGGCAAAGCGCAUGGAUCAAGGCCCUAUGCCUUCAGCGGCGGAUAUCUACCCCGACGAUGCACACUGGACGCCUUCUGCGCCGAUAUACGAGGGUCUUGACUACAUGGCAUACAAUGACCAGCCUGCCGAGCAACCACAAGUGAUCGUCGAUAACGUGUUCAAUUGGCCUCCACCCGCUCAAGUAUACAAGCCUGAGCUAGCACCAACAGUAGCCGACAUUGAUGCCGCCGAUAUCGAUGUUCUCGCCCUCAUGAACGAAUUGCCAGAGCCAUCGUUGGACACACUUGCAAAACUUGACAGCUCGCGCGAUCUAAGAAGUGCCACUGCUUUCGAUCUGCCUUGCGACGAGCGUGCUCUCACUCCGGCUCAGCUAGACGGGUCCAGGUACGGUAUGAGGUUCUAUGGCAUUGGUUAUGGCGAUCAAUGGGACCUACCUAAGAUGGGGUAUCUCGGAGAGACCGAGCCUUUCAGGGUUCGGCCUAUGGACCAUGCUGGAUGGGGCGGUUGGGAGUGGGCGCUCAGGAAGGGUUGGGGUGCAUAGACGGUUCACUUUUGCGCACGGGUCACAAAUGGGGUAAGGUGCUGGGCAUCUCCCGCAGACUCUAUUUCUAUCCAGACAGGCGCAACGGAGGGUCUCACGAAUUGGCCUCGUCUAUAAUGAUCUAUCAUGGCUGGGAGCCGAAGCCAAUUGGGAUCCUGGAUACUCCCGCUGCAGAAGGCAACGCACAUGUCGUUAGAGGAUGGCUAUUCUUUACAGAUCUCAC